AUGACUGUCGUACCGGUUGGAAUGGGUGACCAUGAUGAAGAGAAAGGGGAGGUCGAGGUGCCGGCAGCUCAUGGGGAGGAGUCGUUACGACCCAAUCGGCCGACACCUUCCCGCCAGGACACAACAGCAUCAACCCUAACGCUCAAGUGGUCAACGCCGAACGACCCUGCCAACCCAUAUAACUUCUCGCAUCGAAGGAAAUGGUUGAUCACUGCCCUUGCCGUUCUCGCCACCUUCGUCGCGAUGAUGAACGGCACGAUGAUCACGGUCGCCCAUGAGCAGACCUCAGAGUACUUCAACUACAGCGACGCCAACUUCCCCAAUUCGUAUUGGCCGACCACAGCCUGGACGAUGGGCGGCGCUUGCUCUGUCCUCCUAGUCCUUCCCAUCAUGGAAGACUUUGGUUCUAGGAUACCUUUCCUAGGCACCUACACGUUCUUCCUCAUAUGGCUCGUCCCGCAAGCUCUGGCUCGAAACUUUGCGACGAUGAUCGUCGCUCGAUUCUUCGCCGGCGCAGCAGCAUGCGUGCUCGCCAACACAUCAGCAGGCGUCAUCACAAACAUCUGGGAAGACGAGAAAGCGAGGACCAUCCCGACCAGUGUUUUCAUCACGGCAUAUCUCGCAGGCACCAGCACUGGACCCGUGCUUGGUGCUGCGAUCCUUCACAGUGGCAUCGGCGGCCACAGCGGUUGGCGCUGGCUAAGCUGGUUUCAACUGAUCUGGUGCGCGGCGCUUAUGCCGCUGUACAUCGUUUUCUUCAAGGAGACUCGAGGUGCCGCCAUCCUCGCCAGACGGGCAGCAAGGGACGCAAAGUCAGCUCAAGCAGACCCUGAUCACCUCGCCAGACUCCCCUCCCGCUGCCUGAACCACACUCCCAUCCUCACCAAGCUCAAAAUCUCCCUCAGCCGACCCCUGUACAUGCUCUUCACCGAACCCGUCCUCGCCACCUUCGUACUCUGUCUUCGUCACCCUGUACCCAACCUGGGCCCCAUUCAAGCAGGCUACAUCCAAGGCGCCAUCGUCAUCGGCGAGCUGCUAGGCUGGCCAUUCGUCUUCGUCUCCUCUAAAAUCUACUUCGGUUCCGCCAAACGCAACACCGAGUUCCCCGGCCGACCCAUUCCAGAAGCACGCUGCUACGUCUCCAUCGUCGCCAGCUUCUUGGGCGUGGUAGGCGGCAUGUUCGUGUACGGCUGGUGCUCUACACCCUCCGUACCCUGGAUCGCGCCCGCCAUCGGGCUGGCAAUGGUCGGGUGGGGAAUCAACAUCGUCGUGUUGGCUAUAGCGGACUAUGUGCUGGACAGCUACGCCAAGUACGCCGGUAGCGCGAUUGCGGCGGCGGCGAUGGGGGAGAAUGUGUUUGCGGCGUUUUUGCCGUUGAGUAGUUAUAGUAUGUAUACUACGUUGGGGUUUCAGUGGGCGAGUAGUUUAUUGGGGUUUCUGGCGUUGGGGAUUAGUGUUGCGAGCGUGUGGAUUAUUAUUUAUGGGAGGAGGUUGAGGGAACGGAGUCCGUUUAUGGAGAGUGCGGUUUUGGGGAAGGGGGAUGUUGGGCGGGAAUAG